CACCAAUCCAAGCAUAGACUGCCCUAUAUAACCAAGCUGCAGCCCCUCCUCCUCCUCUUUCUUUCUGCUCGUUAGCAGCAUCAGUGUCUAACAGAGCUGGGACUCCACGCUUAUAUUGUACAUCCAUACAUAUUUUAACUACAUCAUGUCUGAUGAUCAGCUGUCUCCACCUAAUGGUGGGCUGACUCAUUCAUCUCAGGACCAUACCCUAGCCCCUUCUGAAUUAUUGCAACAGAUGGUGUCUACAUCGGUCCAAUCCGCCCUGGCCUCCGCCAUGUCAUCUGUCAAUGACAGCAUAUCAAAGUCUGUUUCCAUGGUGUUGUCACGGCAACACCGGGAAGGGCCGGCCUCUUCAGAUACCCCCUUGGUCGCCUCCCACAUACAAUCCCAGGCUUCCAGCCUACUAAGACCCGGCAAGUCGGACCGGAAGAGACGCUAUUGCUCCGACUUAGAUACCCACCUUACCAAUACACCUACUAUUGGAGGUGGUUCUAAACUAACUAAGACCUCAGUGCCUCCUGAGGAUACCACUGUGAGUGCUCAGAACCCCACGGAUUGGUAUGACAUGCCCUGUGGAACCUCUCGGUCUUCCAGGCGUAAUAAGCCCGACUCUUUUGUUGAAGAUUCAGAUGGCACCUCAGACUCUGGGGAUGAUGAUUUGUAUGAGUUUGAGGACGAGGAUCUGGAAGGGAACGCGAGUCGUUCUCCUCCACAUAGCUCCGCUGACACAAACGCCCCGGGCGAUCUUGGAUUCCAUGGGAAUUCCAUUCUUCAGCCCAGAGAAUAUCAAACACCCCCAUGUGGACGCCCAUGUCACAGGUGGCUGAUUAUGUUUCGGCUUGGCUGCGCAAAUCUUUAGAUAGUCGCAACCGCAAUAAAUUGAGGGCGGAGUGUCCGCGACCGUCACUGUCCAGUAAUGUCGCCAUGACGCCAGAGUUGGACCCCAUUCUGGUGCGCUAUCUGGUUAAGACCGGUAAAAACCCUAAAAAGGGUAUUGACAAAUCUUUCAAAGCUGUUCAGGACAAAUUGUUGGAUGUUCUUGGGCCUAUGACUAAGAUUUUACAAUUGGCCGAACAUGCUGUCGCUUCAGGGGAAGUAAUUGAUGCAGACAUUUUACGGGGCUGGGCAUUACGAGCAGUAUGCUUGCUCGGCAAUGCAAACUCUGCGGCGUCUACGGAACGCCGGAGGUCCAUCCUUAUGCGGCUGGACCCCCAACUUACUCACCUGGCUACCGACGAACCUGGUCCAUCAGCGGACGGUUUACUGUUCGGGGAGGCCUUUCUUAAAAAAAUAAAUACGUAUGUUGGCCUUUUCUCGGGCCUUGACAAAGCCCAAUCCUCUUUAAAAAAGGUGGGCGCUAACAAGGCUUUCCCCAGGGCUGGAAGGGGUAGGGGUCGCCCUUCCGGCCGUGCCACCAACUAUAGACCCUAUAACAGGGGCCACUACAUGCCUGACAGACAAUAUUACGCACCAGUUCCCCCACCACCACAGCCCUCAACUCCAUUCUUUCUGCCUAGAGGACGUCCGUGGAGAGCGAGGGGUGCCAGCCGCGGAUACCCAAGAUCCAGGGGCACAGGUGAGACUACCUAUUCUGGCACUUCGCAUUUAGGAAGCCCCAAUGGUGCCAGAACAGCAAAAUAACCCCCACAUGGCAUACCAUUUUGGAAACUAGAG